AUGACCGCGCCGCUCGCUGCCGCCGCCAAGGCAGCGAUCCGACCGCGAGCAACGCGGCGGCAGGUGAUUCAGCUCACGGACGCGGCGGCCGAUCGGAUUCGCGAGCUGCUGACGAGGCGCAACAAGGAGUACCUCAAGCUGGGUGUCAAGUCGCGCGGCUGCAGCGGCAUGAGCUACACCCUCUCCUACGCCGACGAGCCGGGGCGGUAUGACGAGGUGGUGGAGGAGAAGGGAGUGCGCGUGGUGGUGGAGCCCAAGGCGCUCAUGGCCGUCAUCGGCACCACCGUCGACUUCAUACAAGACCGCCUCAAGUGCGCGCCACUCCCAUGCCGCUGCGUGCUUGCACCCCUCUCUACCCCCUCUCAAGCAGCCAUCCCUUCCCUCUCGCCCAAGGCGCUCAUGGCCGUCAUCGGCACCACCGUCCACUUUGUGCAAGACUUCCUUAACUGCGCUCCGUCCAACCACCGUCCCAGCCCAUGCCGCUGA